CCUACACACAAAAGCUCACGCGCCCACUCUCCUUGCUCUUCCCUCUUCUUCUCAUGUUCUCGGAGCUCCGGCUACAAUAACGGAGCCCCAGCUCGCAUCUCACCUUCUAGUUUCUUUUUAUUUUAUUUUCGCCUUCGUCCCGUUCCAUUUUUUUUUCAAAUUUUUCUGGUCAUUUUUCUCCCUUUCAUUUCGAACUGCGUUCACAGAUCUCGCAAACCGUCGAAGAUGGCCAAACCCUGGGGUACUGUCGGCAACUGGGCCGCCGAGGCUGAGCGAGAAGAGGCCGAGGAGCUCGCGGCGGCCGCCAAGGCCGAGUCCCAGAGCUUUCCCAGUCUAAAGGAAGCCGUCAGCGCCAAGCCCAAGAAGAAGAAGAUGAGCCUCUCUGAAUUCUACAACGCCUCCGGCACCCCCGCCUCUAAUCGUGUCGGCCUCACUCCCGACGAGAUGAUGCGCCUCCCUACCGGCCCCAAGGAGCGCUCUGCCGAAGAAAUGCAGUACGGUCGCCUCGGUGGCGGGUUUCCCUCCUACGGUCGCUCUGGUACGAAUCCGGGUCGGGGCGGGGACAGAGAGGGCGGGGACGGGUCGUGGGGUGGUGGAGGAAGAAGAUCCUACGGUGGAUUCGACGACGACAGGAGGGGCCCGCCUUCUAGGGUUUCUGAUUUAGAUCAACCGUCAAGGGCGGACGAGGUUGACAAUUGGGCAAUGACUAAAAAGUCUCUUCCUUCUGUAGAUUCCGGUAGGCAGAACCGGUAUAGCUCGCUCGGUAGUGUUGGUGCUGGGGGUGGGGGUGGUGAUGGUGUAGGUGGUGGUAUGGGCGGCCCAGCUUGGUCUAGGGCAGACGAGGUUGAUAACUGGGCUGUUGGAAAAAAGCCUACUCCUUCUAGGUCAUCCCCAUUUGGGUCUGAAUUUCAUUCGGGUCCGGAACCGGAUCGCUGGGUGAGAGGCGGACGCGAGGUCGACAGAGUUGAGAGAGAGCGACCCAAAUUGGUUUUGGAUCCUCCGAAAGCCGAGUCCGGCGUGAAUGAGCCAUCGCAGGUUGUGAAGACCAAUAAGCCGAACCCCUUCGGAGCAGCUCGACCUAGGGAGGAGAUUUUGGCUGAGAAAGGGUUGGAUUGGAAGAAGUUGGAGUCGGAAAUAGAAGCCAAGAAGACGAGUAGGCCGACGAGUGCCCACUCAAGCAGGCCUUCGAGUGCUCAGUCAAGCCGGUCUGAAGGGCCCGGGCUGCAUGCAAGUGAUAAUGUGGUGAAGCCGCGGCCGAAAGUAAACCCCUUUGGUGAUGCCAAGCCAAGGGAGGUUUUGCUGGAGGAGCGGGGUAAGGAUUGGCGGAAGAUUGAUCUCGAGCUGGAGCAUCAGGGUAUUGACAGACCUGAAACAGAGGAGGAAAAGAUAUUGAAGGAAGAAAUAGAUCAUCUAAAGAAGGAACUCGAGAAAGAAUCUACGGAUAAAGUGAACAGUGAAACUGUGCAAGAGUCUGGUGGUGACCGGCCAAGUCUACGCGAUAUAAUACUACAGAAGGAAAGGGAAUUGGAGGCAUUGAUCCGAGAAUUUGAUGACAAAGUUCGCUUUGGGCAGAAGGCCAUCGAUAGGCCAGGGUCUGGGGCUGGUAGGCCUGGUUCUGGGGCAGGAAGGCCUGGGUCUUCAGCAGGGAGGGCUGGUAACUUUCAUGAGAGGACGCCGUCUUAUUCCGGGUCAUUUGAAGAUUCUAGAAGUGUGGAAUACGUAGAUAGGUCUCCCUUGCAAGGCAAGGGAGAUCCGUGGGCAAGGCCUUUUGAUGACAGAAGGUCAUUCCAUGGUGGCAGGGAAAGAGGAGGAUUUCUGGGGAGCAGAGACAUGGGCAGGGCAAGGUCAAGAGAAAGAUGGUGAACAACUGCGCCGUUUCUAUGGAUUCGUUGAAUUGCGCUUCUGACAAACAGGACCAAAUAAUAUUUUGCCUCACUCUUUUUGUUUUCUUCAUUUUGCUCUGGGAAAUGGAGCAAGCAUUAUUGAUUACCGGCACUUGGAAAACUCUUGCGUUGAAGAUCUACUGUUACAUCGUGACACUAUGUAAAAUUGCAGUUUUCCGUUUUCUUUGUUGUCUGUUUUUUUUUUUAUGUGAAGGAGCCUGUAUUGUUCUUAGGUUCCAAUUUUACUGAACACUACGGGACUCGCUAGUCUAUUUUUGUGACAAUCGUCUGGGAAUUAUACUGAUAUUUUGGUUCUUUUGUGCAUG